AUGGCUGCAUCAGCUAGUACUCUGCCAACAGCCUUCAUUUCCUUCCGCCACCGACUACGACAGCCGCCGCUGCUCCUCAACCACACCUUGCGUACGCUACAAAUUUCCGCCACCGGCGGCGAAAGACCGCAGCCGCCUCCUCUUCUUCUCCACCAACACCGCCCUUCGUUCGACGCUUUCCUCAGCUUCCACGGUGCACUACGUCACACCAUCGUGGACCACCUCUACGCCUCGCUAUUGAGAAAGGGAGUAAAGGCAUUCAAAGAUGACACCCAAAUGGAGAGGGGAGUGGAGGUCAAACAGGCCAUAUCGGCGGCGAUCGGAGACUCGAGCAUCUACUUGCUCCUUCUCUCUCCCGGCUAUGCGUCGUCAUCUUUCUGCAUGGACGAGGCAGUGGAGAUCAUGAAAAGCUGCGACGGCGGCGGCGGGAGAGUAGCCUUGCCGGUCUUUUACCUCGUCACACCGGAGGACGUCUGUCUACCGACGGCCGGCUGCUUCAAGGAACAGUUCCAGGCGCACUUUGCUGACUUCACUUACGCCCGGGUACAGGGAUGGAUCGAUGCUUUAUCCGCGAUCGGAGAAAUUGCUGGAUUUGUGCAUAACAAUGGCAGGUAG